GUUUUUCCGGGUAUGCGCACUGACACUGCGCAGUAAACCUCCAGCUUUCCUCCCUGUGUUUUUGUCUUAUUUCUGCACAACACCUGAUUCCUCUCUGCAGCUCCACCACCGCAGGUUUAUUCGACACUACAAGACCAGCUCCAAACCAUGUCUGCAAAGGUUGCCGUGGUGACAGGCAGUAACAAGGGCAUCGGCCUGGCCAUCGUCCGAGCGCUCUGCAAGCAGUAUCAAGGAGACGUUUACCUCACCGCCAGAGAUGUCGGUCGUGGUCAGGAAGCAGUGAAGUCUCUGGGCGAGGAGGGACUGAAGCCCAUGUUUCACCAGCUGGACAUCAACGAUGUGAACAGCAUUACCACGGCUGCUGCGUACUUUAAAGAGAAGUACGGAGGAGUGGACGUCCUCAUCAAUAACGCUGGGAUUGCAUUCAAAGUGGCAGACACGACUCCGUUUGGAGUCCAGGCAGAGGUGACCCUCAAGACAAACUUCUUCGCCACCAGAGACAUGUUGACCCACUUCCUGCCGCUCAUCAAAGCCGGAGGUCGGGUGGUGAAUGUCUCCAGCGUCGCAGGCUCAGGUGCUUUGAACCAGUGCUCCUCAGCUCUCAAGCAGCGUUUCCGCAGCGAGGACAUCACAGAGGAGGAGCUGGUGGGACUGAUGCAGCAAUUCAUCGAACAGGCCAAGAAGGGCGAGCACAAGAAGACCGGUUGGCCUACUACAGCGUAUGGCACAUCUAAGAUUGGAGUGACGACCCUGUCCAUGAUCCUGGCUCGUCGUCUGUCCAAGGAGAGGCCAAAUGACGGGAUCUUGCUGAACGCCUGCUGUCCAGGUUGGGUGCGCACCGACAUGGCCGGUCCCAAAGCCCCCAAGUCACCAGAUGAGGGCGCUAUCACUCCGGUCUACCUGGCACUGCUGCCACCCGGAGCCACAGAGCCUCACGGAAAAUUUGUCUCUGAUAAAGUAGUUCAGAGGUGGUGAAAGGGUGAAAGGGACCUGCGUGUGUGUGAGAGGAGAUGAAAGAGUGUCAGUGUUUCCACCAUUCGAAAGAUUUGAUGCAAGCAUCACACAGUCUGGAAGAACUAUUUCAUUUUAAUUGUUCAAUGAACACAGAGUUCAGCAGUUUAACCAAAUGUUGACUAACAUAAAACCAAAAUAACUCAUAUUUCAGCGGACACUGAUGUGAUGUGUGUGUGUGUAAUUACUGCUUUAUAUGCAGCAAUAAUCGAUCUGUGUAAGUGCCGGCUAAUUCCUGGUGUGGUUACAACACCAUUUCAUCACUUUGCCUUUGUUAGAAUAAACAUUUAUAUAUUUUGUACAUGGACAAAGGAAAACUUGCCUUAACUGGAUGAAAUGGAAUAAAGCAAAAUCAAAGAAAAUAAAA